AAAUAGCUCUGGACUUUUGCAUCCUCGCGACCGAGAGGUCCUCUGCUUCCGAAGGAAGAAAACGAAGCCAAAUAUAUGAGACAUAAGGCGCGGCGAUAAAAAAAAAAAAAUCGAAUGAAAUAAGCCCCUUCAGUCUCUUCUCGCUCUCGCAGAAUCCCCAUUUGCUCGCUUCUUGGUCAUCACGGCAGCGGUGCGCGAUCUCCUCUUCCGCCUCUGCCUCUGCCUCCAUCGUGGUUUCGUUCUUCAAAGCACAGAUCUAGUUCUUGGAGUCGGGGAGAGAAGUGGUCUAGUUUUCUGAUGAUAAGCAGUGAGGGCUAGGGUUUGAAGCGGGAACCAUGGGUGCGGCGCCAUCGACACCUCGACGUGGAGCGCGUCCAGCGGACGUCGCAGAGGAGCUUAUUGGCAUGUUCGUCGGCGAAAAGUCUUACCCGAUAUCCUCCGAGUUCUGGAAGAAGCUGCUCGAGCUCCCGCACAAUUUUCAAUGGCCGCAGGACCGUGUGGACCAGGCGUGCCAGAUCUUCUUGCAGAAUAAUUAUCACACCAGACACCUUGCAAAGAUCUUGAUUCACAUGGUGUGGUCUUUGCAAGAGUCAUUGUCAACUGCUUCUGGAUCCCCUGUGCAUUCAAAGGCAAUCAAUGCAGCAUACAUAUCAUCUGUAUUUCUCAAAUAUAUCAUUGAAUAUGGAAAAAGUGUUACUUUUGAAGAACUUUAUCUUAGCCUUCCUGAAAUUGACAUGGAGAAGGAUGUUCUCCGCACGGGGCAGAGCAUUGAGAAUUUUGUUAUGCAAGGGGUGCUUAAUUUCAUUGGCAAAUCUGAUGCUAGACAUUCAUACGCCCUUCAUCAUGAAGUGCUAAACUUUGUUCUGGUGGCAAUGUCCACUCAACUUCGUUCAGGGCCAUGUCCAGGGCCAAAAGAUGUGCACCCUUUCCUUGAUGCAGCAAUGUGCCAGGAUGGUGAUAUUGCGACUUCUAUAGUACGCAGACUAUUAUUGAAUUUUAUUGACAGGUCGCAAAUGCCCUUUAACUCUCAAUAUACCAUCCAUUCUAAUGGAAACCAAUCUGGAGUUUUGCAAAGAGUUGGCUCUGCAGCUGCAAAUAUUGUGCUACUUCCUUAUUACACAUUCAAUUAUCUAGUCAGCUCAAGUGGUGAAGGCUCAAGGAGCCCAUUAGCGGAUAUCAGUCUGCAUGUUUUGCUUGUUCUUGUUCAUUAUAGAACGGGUGUUGUACCGGAUGAGUCGAUGGUAAGGAAUGAUGCUGAGACUGCUGAUUCUGAAUCAUACCUGAAACAAGGAUCUUACUUUUAUGACAACCCUUACUCCAAGGCAUUAAACAAUGCAAGGGAUAUUGAAUUUGAUCGUGCUGACAUUGAGGGCAAUGCACCCGGUGAGUCUCCUGUGAGAUUGCCUUUUGCAUCCUUAUUCGAUACUUUUGGGCUGUUUUUGACUGAUGAGAGUGCUGUCUUGCUACUCUAUUCUUUUGUGCAUGGGAACUUCGCUUUUCUAGAAUACAUGUUGGUGCGAACUGAUUUGGAUAUACUGCUACUGCCCAUACUGGAAACACUUUAUAAUGCUUCAAAGAGGACGCCCAAUCAGAUCUAUAUGCUAUUAAUUAUUCUUCUCAUACUGAGCCAGGACUCUUCCUUCAAUGUCAGCAUUCAUAAACUGAUACUUCCUAGUGUGCCGUGGUAUGAAGAACGCUUAGUGCAUCAUACAUCUCUUGGAUCUUUGAUGGUUUUAAUUCUCAUAAGAACUGUUAAGUACAAUCUCUCCAAGCUAAGGGAUGUCUAUCUUCAUACGAACUGUUUGGCUAUUUUGGCAAAUAUGGCUCCUCAUGUGCUCAGAUUAUCCUCGUAUGCAUCCCAGAGGCUUGUUAGCCUUUUUGACAUGCUGUCACGGAAGUAUACAAAAUUAGCUGAAUUAAAGAAUAACAAAAAUCUCAAUGUUUCUACCGUCCAAGUUGGAGGAGGAAUCAUAGCCGAGGAUAUGUCAACAGAUCUUCAUAUUUAUGCUGAAUUUCUUCGAAUUGUGCUGGAAAUUUUGAAUGCCAUUCUUAUAUAUGCUUUGCCACAAAAUCCAGAGGUUGUGUAUGCUAUAAUGCACAGACAAGAAGUGUUUCAGCCCUUCAAAAGUCACCCGAGAUUCCUUGAAUUGCUUGAAAAUGUGUUCACGGUACUAGAUUUCUUUAACAGUCGCAUGGAUAUGCAGCAAAUGAAUGGUGAGUGGUCUGUGGAAAGAGUCCUUUCAGUUAUCAUCAUAAAUUGCCGAUCAUGGCGUGGUGAAGGGAUGAAGAUUUUUACUCAACUACGCUUUACUUACGAGCAAGAGAGUCACCCCGAGGAGUUCUUCAUUCCAUAUGUAUGGCGGUUAAUAUUGGGCCACAGUUUUGCCUUCAACACAGAUGCUAUUAAUUUGUUUCCCGUGGACAUUCCUCCAAUUGAUAUAUCUGAUGGUGAACAUGCUGCGUGAGUUAUCAUAUGAGUGUUAUGGCUCCCGAUCAAAAUCUUUGGAUACAUUCUUAAGUUGAUGUUAAAAAGAGUUGGAAAAUUUCUUUCAUUUGCUUUUGUGUAAAUAACAAAUAAGUUUUCUUUCCUCCGAUGUGUUAAAUGUCGCCCCUCCCUUUUCCUGUUCUGGAAUCCUACGGAUAAGUUGGUGUAAAGACAAUCAGAGUUUAAUAAAGGUUAAUAUUUAUAGAUUCUAUCA